GCUGCGAAGCUGCAAAGCUGUGAAGCUUUUCCAGUGAGCGGAGACUGUUUGUUGCGUCAGUUGGUUUCCCAGCAUCGGCAUGGAACGUUGGCAUAAUCGAGUGGCCGUGGUGACCGGCGCCAGUUCGGGUAUUGGCGCGGAGUUGGCCAGGAAACUGAUCGCCGCUGGUGUGGUGGUGGUGGCCCUGGCCCGACGCCUCGAGCGCCUGCAGCAGCUGUCCCAAGAGCUGGGCCCACAGCUGCACAUCCGACAGUGCGAUGUCACGGACGUGGACUCGGUGAGUGCCGCCUUCGACUGGAUCGAGGAGCGGCUGGGCGGCGCUGACAUAUUGAUCAAUAAUGCCGGCAAGCUGUCGGGCGGCCAGCUGCUGACCAUGUCCCUGGACACAGUCCAGCAGGUGCUGCAGACGAACAUCAUGGGCGUGGUCUACUGCACACAGCACGCCUUCCAUUCGAUGCGCCAGCGCCAGUCGCCCGGCCACGUGGUACUGCUCAACAGCGUCGUGGGGCACUAUCUGUUCAACUCGCUGCCGGGCAGCCAGCAGGAGCUCAACAUCUAUCCUGCCACCAAGCACGCGGUGACAGCCCUCACAGAGCUCUUUCGCCAGGAGAUGCGGGAGUUCAAGACCCAAGUGAAAGUUACCAGCAUCAGCCCUGGCCUGGUGGACACGGAGAUGGUGCCCGAGGCCUACAAAUGCCUGCCCAUGCUGCAGGCCGAGGAUGUGGCCAAUGCCAUCAUGUACGCCCUGGCGACCCCGCCUCAUGUGCAGGUGCAUGAGCUGACCAUCAAGCCCCUGGGCGAGCCAUUUUAACUGACAACCGCACAUCGCAUAUCGUUGAACUUUGCACUUUGCAUACAUUAGAACAUGCACAUACCCACACAUACAUAGAUAUAAAUUUAUAUGGUUAUGGGUAGACACAUGUAUCCAUUCCUCCGCUGCUCGUUUUGCAUAAUUUAACGGCUCUGCCCAGGGAGUCUAUUCGGGUAUAUGGGAAUAAGGUAUUGAUUAUACCCCAAGCAUAAUUUAAAAACAAACUCGUUGAUCAAGAUCAAGCUAAACUAUCGACUGUUAACUAUAAACUAAUAUUUUUUUGGCAGCCACUUAGAGAAGCUGCAAAGCAAUAUUAAUUAUUCAAAUACGAUACUCAAUACUCUUCGGUGAUCAUUAUUUGUAGGAAUUAUUCAAAAUCAACAGAGAGCCAAUUGUGAUUACAUUUUCAUAUUUACUUAAAUACUUUCUCAGACUUGGGAUUUGCAAUACUGAUUAUGCACCCAAAAAUCUCUUCCAUCAACAGAAAAUAAUGACUUCAAAAAAUGAUUGUAAUAAGAAAUAAUUAAUCUAAGCUGUUACCAUCCACA